AUAAAAAGCAGAUUUUAGUAAGACCCUGGCAUUUGUUGACGAAACUUUAGGAAAAAAUUAUAUAUUUUUUCACGAGAUCGAGCAAUUACAGUGGGUCGAAAUUUAUUAUUAAUAAUAUUAAAUUUGUUAUCUAAACAAAACAAUAAGUGCCUUGAAUUGCUUAUGUUGAUGAACUGAUCUAGAUUCUAGAAGGACUAAAGGUCGCUACCACUCUUCCCCAACGAGUGACGCUCCUAACUUCAAAAAAAUUCUUCGCAGUAUCAAAUUUGAUUGGCAGCCUUAAACACAUCAUUAUAAAAAAGAUAUGCACAGAAUAAACUCAGCCAUUGUUUGGUAUCAACAGCAGAUUGGGGCGUAUGAUAAGCAACUUUGGGAAAGAUCAGUUGAGCAAAGUGUUAUUAAAAGUAUUCAAGAAAUCUAUAAUGCCCCCAAGCGAUUAACUAAGGUAAAAAGUGAACUUAUCGAUGUCGAUUUAGUUCGAGGUUCAACGUUCUCUAAAGCAAAACCUCAACAUGGUUGGUUUUCUAUAACAAAAAAUGCUAUGCUUCAUUUAAUGCUCUUGCCACUUUAUUAUAAUUGGUGGAAGAAACAGACUUCUGCCUGGUUUACCAAGUUACUAGUCUUCUUAUAUAUUCUACAAUUAAGCGCAUUUAUCAUCUUUUUUACGGAUGAGAAUGGUACAACUAAUAAAGAGUCUCUGUCUCUGGCCCAUUUGCUUACGCCUUUUAUUCUUAUGAUUAUCCUGACUAUUUCUCAUGCCCGCAUAAUUGCGACUGGUUCUCAAACCCAUUUAUUAACUUUUAGAAAUGAAAGAGGUAACAAUUCCUCAAGACCAAGAAUGAGAAGAAAGCAAAAGAAAAAGAGGCCGAAAACUACACAAAAUCACGAGCUUAAAUCACCUCAUUUUGAUACAAGUGACAAAGAUUCUACCGGAAGUGUAGGAAGAAGAAGAAGAUCCGGAGCCGAUAGUGAAACUAGUGGGAUCCUGGUAGGUAAAGAGGAAACAGACGAAGAUGGUGUAAAAGAAACUACGGGAAGCUUACAGGCUUGCGUUCCAAACGACUAUGUAAACUUUCCAGGAGAUGAAAUAUGCGGUCUAACUGAUGAAAAAGACAUCACGGAACCAGUUGGAGUAUUAGUAGAGGAUGAUGAGAAUUUGGACGUUGUACCAGAGAUUAAGAGUGUAAAGAAUAAAUUGAAUCUAAAUCUAGACAACAAUAGUGAUGGCCUUAGAAAAAGAAAAAAAUGUGAUUUUGACAAACCGGUUGUAAAUCGGAGUGACGUAGAAAGCUCAUGCGAAAGUGAAAUUGACACAAAUGCGUCAAAUGGUACAACACCUUUGUACGCCAAGUCAAAGAAGCUACUUAGGGAGCCGAGUACAGAUAAUGAGGCAUGUUAUAACAAGUUGUUGUGUAAUUUCAACCAAAUUUUUCCAAAGAUCAAACCAAUGGCAAAUAAACAAGAAGAAAAAUGUCAGAAAGAUUCCUCAACAACAGAUCCCCAAACCUCCGACAUGGAUUGGAAUGACUCAAUGAAUGCUGCAGACUCAACAACUGCGUCAUAUCCAACUGCAUCUGAGGUUGAAGCGUCAGAAGUUGAGCAGGAAGGCCUUCCUGGCAAACAUGUUGCUUCUGUUUUAAAAACACUUGGUUCAAACUGUGAUAAAGUUGGUUGUUACUUUUGGGAAGGUGAAGAAGUCAGAAAAAUAGAUAUGUCGGCAAUUGAUAUUGGGUGGCAUAUUAUCGAAAAGGUUGAUAAUGCUAGCAGUACAAAUUCGACUGAUUAUUUGGCUAUCGGCACUUUUUUUAGCGUGUGCGUUGGUUGUAUCCCCGUUAUAUAUAGAGGAUUACUACUAUGGGAUAAAUUGGAAUGGAAUAUCAGCUUUAAAAUUCUACUUAAAUCUUUAAGCGUGAUAUUUGGAGCUGACUGGAGAACUUUACUUAUUAUCGUAAAUGGUGUUAUGCAAAGACUUGUAUUAAGUUCGAUUUUCUUCUUCCUACUGUCAGUGGCGGAGAGAACGUUUAAACAAAGACUUCUAGAUGCUAAAUAUUUUUGUUACCUGACAUCUUCUAGAAGAUCAAAGCAGCACGGCAUACCUCAUAUGCGAUUGAAUAAAGUUAAAAAUAUUAAAUGUUGGUUAAGUUUAAGAUCCUAUUUAAAGAGAAGAGGUCCCCAACGUUCAGUUGAUACUAUUGUCUCUGCAGCAUUUCUUUUGGCUAUUGCAUUCUUUUCAAUUUUAUGCGUGAAAUUAUUAGAAAAUACUGAAAGAUUUCUAACUCACCUAGGAAAUUGGGAAGUGGCCGCUUGGUGUAUUGCAUUAGCAAUAUUUCUACUCCGUUUCAUUAUUCUGGCUUCCAAAAUUAAUCAAAAAUACCGUAAUUUCUCUCUUUUAAUCACGGAACAAAUCAAUCUAUACCUCCAUAUGGAGCAAAAACCACAUAAGAAGGACGAGCUGAUGCUAGCUCAUAAUGUGUUAAAAUUGGCUGAGAGCCUUUUAAAAGAGUUAGAAAGUCCGUUUAAAAUAUCUGGAUUUUCUGCUAGUCCUUUCCUUUAUAAUAUUACGAAAGUCAUUAUUUUAUCUGCACUAUCAGCUGUAUUGUCUGAUCAAUUGGGAUUCAAACCGAAGUUGCAUAGAAUCAAACUGAGCUGAGCGGAGAAAAAAUAUCUACUGGCAUAAUAUAUAUUCACGAUUUGUCUGUUACAUCCGCCUCAAAGAAGGAAAUGCCGCAUAAAAGAGUUUGCAGGAUAUAAAACAUAUUUCCUUAUUUUUUGUUAUACACGAUCAGAAAAUCAAUGAGAUCUUGUCUGUUCUUUCGAUUCACUGGCGAAAUUUUUAUGUGAUCUUUAUUUGCAGAGAUUAUAUUUAGUUCAUGGCUGCAUGUCUUUUUUUCAUUAUUUCGAUCCUAAUGCUGCAAAUUUAUUUCAUUAAAUUUUAGUGAACAUAUACCAAUUAAAAUUGAUAAAAUAUCCGAAUAAUAAAUUUUUGAAUAGAACCUAUUCCUCCUAAUUAGCUUUGUUCCUCAAUUUGAAAGAACACAAAGCUCGUGACUAUUCAAAGGAAUUGUUGACGGAAGCUAUAUAAUAAC